CCAAAAUUACAAUAACUACUUUCUUGAAUUCUAUAUAUAACCAGCUUAGCUAGUACGUACCUACUGUCUGAAAUGGAGAGGAACAACAGCCUCAAAGUCCUCCACAGUCCAGCAGCAUAUGACGAUCAGUUUGACGAAUAUCUCCGCAGCGACAACAGCAACAUCACUCGCAAUGAUUUCCCUCCAAAUUUUAUCUUUGGAUCUGCUACUGCUGCUUAUCAGUUUGAAGGGGCUGCUGCAAAAGGUGGUAGGGGACCUAGUAUCUGGGACACGUUUGCCCUCAAGACUCCUGGAAGAAUCAUUGAUGGAUCCAAUGGAAAUGUGGCUACUGAUUUGUAUGCCAGAUUCGAGGAAGAUAUUACAUUGAUGAAGAAAAUGGGGUUUGAUGCCUAUAGAUUUUCAAUUUCAUGGUCAAGAAUUUUACCCGGUGGAAGGUGUUGUGCCGGAAUCAACAAAGAAGGAAUUGACUACUAUAACACCGUUAUCAACACUGUCAUCAAACAUGGCCUUGAACCAUAUGUGACUCUUUUUCAUUUUGAUUUACCUCAAGCACUACAAGAAGAGUAUGGUGUACCUCAAGCACUACAAGAAGAGUAUGGUGGGUUCUUAAGCAAAAAAAUAGUGAAAGAUUUUCGUGAAUAUGUUGAGUUAUGCUUCUGGGAAUUUGGUGAUCGAGUGAAGCAUUGGAUCACAGUGAAUGAGCCGACAACCUAUUGUGUUAAUGGAUAUGCUUCAUGCACUUUUCCACCUAGUCAAGCUAUUUCUUCAGCUUAUGUAUCAGCUUUAGCUCCACAAUCAAUAGAUUCUGUUUCUGAUUCACCUCCAGCGGACGUUAAUUUAACUUCUACUCCACCAUACGUUCGCUCAGCUUUUACUUCACUUUUACGAUCAUCAUCAACCGCUUUUAGAAAUGGAACUAAUAUUCCUCCUCACAGAGGUCUUCAUCAUGAUCCAAAGCAUCUCUUAUCCACAUUUCAGAGCAGUAAUAUUAAUAAUCGUAAUCUCUAUGGUUCCGGUCCAAACACAUAUGACCCCAAGAAUGUGUAUACUGCUGCAAGAAAUAUGCUCCUUGCUCAUUCCGAAGCUGUGCACACUUACAGAACCAAAUUUCAGGGACAUCAAGGAGGGAAGAUCGGUAUAACACUUUGUUGCGUCUGGUACGAACCUCUAAGGGAACAUGAUAAAGAUGAUAUUGCCGCUCAUAAAAGAGCCCUCGAUUUUUCAUUGGGAUGGUUUUUGGAGCCUAUAGUUACGGGAAACUAUCCUCAAAAUAUGAUUGAUUAUGUUCCUCCUGAAAAUCUGGCUCCAUUUUCACAACGUGAAUCCCAAAGGCUUAAAGGAUCCUACGAUUUUCUAGGAUUGAACUACUAUACAGCCAUCUAUGCUACUAAUGAUCCUGAUCCCCAAUGUGAAGAUGGCUACUUUAAAGAUCAACAUGUUAAAUAUCAGGACCAUCGAGGUGGGAUACUAAUCGGCCCCGUGGCCGGUUCAUCAUGGUUGCACAUAGUCCCGUGGGGAAUUAAAAAACUUCUGACAUAUACAAAAGCAACAUAUAAUAGCAUACCGCCUAUAUACAUCACUGAGAAUGGGGUGGAUGAAAAGAGUGAUUGCAAGCUCACUGCUUGUGAUGCUUGUGUUGAUCCAGUUAGGGUGAAAUAUCACCAAGACCAUCUUGCAAAUAUUCUGAAAGCAAUGCAUGACAAACACCAUCCCGUGGACGUUAGGGGUUACUUUGUAUGGUCAUGGUCUGACAACUAUGAAUGGACAGAAGGAUACACAGUCAGAUUCGGACUCAUAUAUGUGGACUUCAUGAAUAAUCUUACACGAUAUCCAAAACAUUCAGCAAUUUGGUUCACAAAGUUCUUAACUAGGAAGAAAAUUUUGGGUGGCGAAAAGAGGCUAAUAGCGAAUGCUGAGGAAAGCGAGUUUGAGAAGAGGCUGAAAUAUAUGGAAGAGUGAAGUUAAUGCACCGAUCAUACAGUGAAUCUUAAGUUAUUAUAAGUUGAUGAACGAUGUACCAUGUGUGCUCUUUUAUGGCUUGAUCAUGAAUAACUGAUUGUGGUUUACACACAAGUUAUUCAAAUAAUAAUUGGAGCCCUAUGAGCCCUCCAACAAUGUAUGCUUAUUAUUAUUGUAAUGUAUGGUGUGUUGUUUUAAUAAUGUAUAUAAGAAGUUAAUUAUGAAAUAAGAUGUUCUUUUAAUUA